ACCAUUAUACCCCUUGCAGAUUGUGAAUGAAUAACAUCAAGACAAAGGAAGACCUGGAGCUUGAAUUUUCCAGUUCUGGUGAGAAGGAAAGGGCCAAGGAGGUUUUAUUAGCUCGAUUACGUAAGGAUGGUUGGGUGACUGAGGUAAAAGCCAUGGCUCGAAGAAUGAUAAAGGAACGUGGAGUGGAAAAUGUGAAUUUGGAAAUGCUUUAUGACGAAUUGAAACAGCCAGCUCGGCGACUGGUCUCUGAAGAAGCAAAAAAAGAGCUGUAUUUGAUUGUGCGAGACUGGGUUGCGCAGCGAUGUGAUGUUGAGAUAUAAACUCUUCAAAAAUGUAUCUGUUUCAUUCACCUAUUUAGUUUUAAACUGAUCAUUGUGUUCUUGUAACGUAGCUUUGCAUAUCAUGCACUCUCAUUGACGAGCUUCACUGGUUAGCAGUUAUUUUUACAUGAACAAAAUUUUUGCAUUGGAUUGUAAAUAUGUUGCGUAUGAGU